UCCAAUUAGGUUGAGCAUAAAAACUUGCAUCGUCAUCGUCACUUUACCAUUUUCUAUAAAAUUCCCCCAUACAACUCUCUUUUUAGUACCCUAUUCUUAUAUCGUGGCUAAUUUUAGUUCUAGUGUUACGAAUGGGCAGCGUUAUCGACGAAAACCGGCAACCAUUGUUGUUGGCGGAGGAAACCUCCGCGAACCGGUUGCCGGAGAAUAAAAUUGAACGAACGGAGGAUGACGAUGAUAAGGAUCUGAAAACAAGAGUAUGGAUCGAAACCAAAAAACUAUGGCACAUCGUUGGUCCAGCCAUUUUCAGCCGUAUAGCUACUUACACCAUGAAUAUUAUCACUCAAAGUUUUGCUGGUCACCUUGGUGAAGUUGAACUUGCUGCUAUCUCCAUUUCUAAUACCGUCAUUGUUGGCCUCAACUUUGGUCUCCUUUUGGGGAUGGCGAGUGCAUUAGAAACCUUAUGCGGACAAGCUUAUGGAGCAAAAAAACAUCAUAUGUUAGGAAUAUACAUGCAGAGAUCAUGGAUCGUUUUAACCCUCUGUUGUUUCCUUCUCCUUCCGAUGUACACAUUCGCUACCCCAAUUUUAAAAGCACUAGGUCAACCAGACGACGUGGCAGAGCUAUCAGGGGUAGUGGCGUUGUGGUUUAUUCCGCUGCACUUCAGCUUUGCUUUUCAGUUUCCGAUACAGAGGUUCCUUCAGAGCCAGCUGAAGACGGUGGUUAUCGCCUGGAUUUCACUGGCGGUGCUGGCGAUUCACACGGUGACCAGUUGGUUGUUUGUGUACAAACUGAAUUUGGGGAUAGUGGGAGCCGCCGUAGCACUAGACAUAUCGUGGUGGCUGCUGGUUAUUGGAAUGUUUAUAUACGCCGCAUGCGGUGGGUGUCCAGAAACGUGGACUGGCUUCUCAACACAAGCCUUUUCGGGACUUUGGGAAUUUUUUCGACUUUCCGCUGCUGCUGGUGUUAUGCUUUGCUUGGAGAACUGGUACUAUAGGAUAUUGAUGCUGAUGACAGGAUAUUUGGAGAAUGCGACGUUGGCCCUUGAUGCGUUGUCCAUCUGCAUGAAUAUUAAUGGUUGGGAGAUGAUGAUACCACUUGCUUUCUUCGCUGCCACCGGAGUGCGAGUAGCGAAUGAGCUAGGUGCUGGAAGAGGAAAGGCAGCAAAAUUCGCAACAGCGGUAUCAGUGAUACAAUCAACCAUUAUAGGGCUAAUAUUUUGUGUACUAAUAAUGAUAUAUCAAGAUAAAUUUGCUCUAAUCUUCUCAUCAAGCUUUGAUGUCCUAAAAGCUUUUAAGAAGAUUUCUUACCUUCUUGCAUUUACCAUUCUUCUAAACAGUGUUCAACCUGUUUUAUCCGGGGUUGCUGUUGGUUCAGGGUGGCAAUCAAAAGUGGCUUAUAUUAAUUUAGGUUGUUAUUACCUUGUUGGAGUCCCUCUUGGAAUUCUUAUGGGUAUGGUUCUCCACACUGGUCUUGAGGGCAUGUGGGCAGGAAUGAUUUUUGGAGGAACAGCUUUGCAGACGAUAGUACUGGCUUUUAUAACGUAUCGUUCUGAUUGGGAGAAAGAGGCUAGAAAAGCUAGAAUGCAUGUUGAAAAGUGGUCUGAGCCACCUCCAGUUAGUCAAUCGUAGAUGAUGAUGAUGUUAUUUUUGUGCAAGUCGAUUUUGUUUAAUUAGUAUAACUAGAUGAGGCAUGCAACAUUAUAAGUUUAUAACCUCUAAAAUUUUGGAAAUGCUCUGCUAUUGUUGUAAUUAACUCGUUCAGAAUAUAAUUAAAUAAUAAAAAUAUUCUCUAUUU